AUGGCUGUGGUGGAUUCUGAGUAUUGUUUUGUUGUCAUUGACGUUGGUGCCUACGGGAGAGAAGGAGAUUCUACCGUUUUCAAAGAGAGCCCAUUUGGCCAAAAAUUAUAUUCUGAAGAGUUAGACCUCCCUACACCAGUUUACCUUCCUAACGCAACUGACUCUCCUCAACCGUUUGUUUUUGUGGCUGAUGAAGCGUUCGGGCUUCAUAAAAAUUUGUUAAGACCAUUCCCAGGUCGCGGACUAACUGAGAGAAGAAGGACUUUUAAUUACAGGCUAUCCAGGGCCAGGAGACUUGUUGAGUGUGCCUUCGGAAUAUUAGCCAACAAGUGGAGAGUGCUCCAUACAGCCAUUUUAGUGCAGCCAGAAUUUACUGAUGAUAUUAUUAAGGCUUGCUGUAUACUUCACAAUUUCGUCCGAAGACGGGAUGGGUAUAAAUUUGAAGAUACGCUUUCCAAUAAUUUGGACGAAUUUCAGAUGAAUGGAACUGCAGGAGCUCGACAAGAAGGAAUUAUAGUACGUGAAUAUUUUGCUGAUUAUUUUGUCAACGCUGGAUCCAUUCAUUUUCAACAACGUUACAUGUAA